AUGGGUGGACCUGUGCUGCUUCUCUUGAAGCUGAUGGUCGUGAGUGUGAUCAUUUGAUCCUUCUGUGCCCUUGUCGCGGCUGAUGACCACGCCGUCUUUGCUGCAUCAGCUAUCAUCCAACUUGCUCGCGUCCUCGAGAGCUCUCCGCCGGCCGUCGACACGUCAUAGUCGCACCGCAGUCGGCCAGGGCCUUCGGACGACCACCUCAAGUCGAGCUAGGACACGUAUCAUCAAGGCUGAGCUGACCGUAUGGGUCGUAUUUGUCCGUCGCCUGCGAGUCGCGGUGCCAUUGGAGCGCGUUGCGACGCGAAGGAGCAAUCCGAACGAGGAGCUGACUCUGUUCCAGCGCCCGUUCUGCCCCAGAUAUGCUUCGUCUGGGUCGAGUCAAUCGUGGAUAGGACGAUCGCAUGGGCCGUGCCCUUCUACGGCCAGAUCAAGAUCAUCGUGCUGCUGUUCCUGUGGACACUCAAGCGGGCAGCAAGUCACUUGGCAUUCGUUUCGCCUCCAAGGGCCCGUGGCUAAUAGGUCAAACCAUGGUUUCGUACCGCACAGGGUUCACAAAUCGUCUUCAAGCAGAUCAAGCGCUACAUGCGAAGAUACGAAGGCCCGAUCGAUGCCUUGGGUUAUGCGCUCGGUCAAGUCAUCGAACUUCUCCUCGCAGCUCUCGUCUUCCUGCCGAGUCUGCUGUGGAGCAAAUGGGCCCCGUCGAGACAGCCAGAUGUAUGUUCCCGUAAAAAUUGGGAUGUCACACGUCAUCCAGCUCACCAUCACUUCACUGCGUUAUCCCUCUUGUGCAGGUUCCGAGUAUCCUCGCAGGCCUGAACUCGCCGAGACGUGGUCCGAUGGCGAAUCGAUUGGCCGCAGCAGUGCAAAAGUCGACUUCUACAAGUACGACAGACUCGAAAAACAACAACAUCAAGGUCACAGCUCGAACCGUCGUCAUCCCAACAUCGACACUCGCACCGUCAGCCAAGCUGAAGCGCACCCUGCCAACUCCGAUCACUGUCGAAUCUCGCUUGCAACCUCUCUCGACGACCUUGUCAGCCAAAGAGCAAAGGUCGCUCUUGGCUUCGACGUCAUCACGAGCAACACCCAUCGCUUCCAGCUCUUCGUCACUCUAUCCUUCUCUUUCUUCUGUCCCGUCUCUACCAGCGCCCCUACCGCCACCCGUGCCAGCCCUUCGCCAAUCGUCGUCCCGCCUGCGUGUCGUGAGUGAUCGACAAAAAGGCAAACAGCGAGCUGUGGAAGUGGUGUCGGAUGACACGCCUCCCGAAGCGCCUUCCAGUAUCGCGUCACCACCUCGAUCGCCAUCUACACCUCCAAAAAAAGCGAUCCGACGUCGUUCAACCCCUCGAAGAUCUACACCGAGACGAUCACUUCACCUCGACGAAUCACUCGAUGCUAACCAGCCCGUCGAGGUCGAGAUUCAAGUCGACGAAUCUGCCCAAGUCGACACACCUCGAGCAUCCCCUUUAUACUCCAAAUUCUUUCCUCAGACCCCUGCUCCACCAGGUGCGUUCGUAUCGACGCCUUUGAAGAACGAGACACUAGGAUCGACGGCUCGGCAACAGGCUUCGAGUGCGCUCAAAGGCCUUGCGAACGACUUGUGGGGUCUUGGGGAGGAUGCGAGACCUAUGGGAGCUAGUCCGCUGGCGAGUCGAAAUAAAACCCUUUUGAACGGCAAAGCUUCGGUUUCAAAGCGAACAGGAGGGAGUGUUUUGCAGACGCUUGAAGCGAGCAAGUCGAACGAAGAGGAAUUGGGAAAGGAAGGUGUCGGUGAUCGACGAAAGAGGAAGGCAGUUCGUGCGCCUUCGGUCGAACCUCCGCCACCGGCAAGUAAGAGGAGGACCACAUCCAGUUUGUCAAGCUCGACGAGUAGUCGACAGCUUGGAUCGAGUGACGCAUUGUCGGCUUCGACGAAAACCAAGCCUUCGUCACUCGCGGGCUCCGUGAGCGGCGCUUCUCGGAGUACGAGGAUGAGAGGUCGAGUUGGCGAGGAUUCAUCGUCGUCCAUCUUGUCAAGGUCAAGGUCGACGUCAACGUCGACGACCUCGAUUAGUAAAGCGCAUUCUUUAAAAGCUCCCGCCAAGGAGCUUCUACCACCCCCCACCGCACUCAAUCGUACGACCGAUUCAAACGCGUCGACUGGGACACUUGCACUGAAGCGCAGAGCCAAGAGGGUCUUGGGAAGAGGCGCCUCGGUCGAUGUUGAGGAUGAGCAGGUGGAGAUGGACGGGGUGCCUGUUGUUAAGCGCAGGCGAUGA